GGAGGGAAAGGCAAAACAGCACCUUGGCACUUGGACAGGGCGAAACCCCAAUUUCAGAUCAAGAUAGCAGCAGUCUGUAAUCACGACGUGUUCCAGGAGAUCGGUGGCGUUAUUCCUUUUUCUGCUUUUGGUGCGUUACGCCUCACCUUCUCCAGCUCCUGUACAUUAAUGUUGAAACAUUUUGUGCCUGUCGCUCUCUUUCCCUCUAUUGUCUUGAGGCGGAAGUGUGCUGGCGGCGCCGGCGGAUGUUUGCACUUGGUUAUGGCGGAGCCACCAUCGCAGAUGAUGCAGAAUCUGAAAGAGAACAAGGUCUUCAAACUGGCCUUUGCUGUGGCCGGAAUUAUGGCCACACUUCUUAUAUAUGGAGUAUUGCAGGAAAAGAUUAUGAGAGUUCCAUAUGGUCCCGAGAAAGAAUAUUUUAAGCACUCAUUAUUUCUCGUCUUUUGCAACCGUAUCGCAACAUCUGCUGUUUCUGCUGGAGUCCUACUGCUUCGCUUGCUUUGCUUCAUUGACAUAGUCAUGCUGUUGCUGUUAAAAAAACAUAAAACUGUGGCUUGCAAACUGCAAAUUGUUUGGUACAUGGCAAGUAAAAAGGCCUUGGACCCUGUUGCUCCAAUUUACAAAUAUGGUGCUGUAUCAGUAUCUAAUAUACUCACUACAACUUGUCAGUAUGAGGCCCUUAAAUAUGUGAGUUUCCCUGUUCAAACACUGGCAAAGUGUGCCAAAAUGAUACCUGUAAUGAUUUGGGGCACUUUCAUCAUGCAAAAGAAGUACACUGGACGUGAUUAUCUAUUUGCCUUCUUUGUGACACUUGGAUGCUCGAUUUUUAUAUUAUUUCCGGCAGAUGGUGAUAUCAGUCCAUACAGUAGAGGGAGAGAAAGCACAGUUUGGGGUGUGUCUUUGAUGAUUGGUUAUCUUGGUUAUAAUGAAAUCUUCUGCUGCGUCCUUCAAAUUUCAAUGCAUAUCCUAAAAGAUGUAGCAUUGGGGACAUGGAUAUAUCUGGGGAGGUUGGUACUUGGAAAGCUGCCCCAACCUACCACUGGAACAUGGUUUGAUGGCUUCACAAGUACAUUUCAGGAUAAACUUUUCAAGGGCUAUGAUAUGGAGAUACACAAUCAGAUAUUCUACACGACCUUGUGUUCUUGCAUGAUAAGUUUCACUGGUCUAAUCUUACAAGGCAAUCUUCAAAUGGCUAUAGACUUUGUUAUUCGGCAUAACGAAUGUUUCAUCGACAUCGCAAUUCUUUCCACUGUAGCAACAAUUAGUCAAUUCUUUAUUUCCUACACCAUUCGCAACUUCGGUGCUCUGGCCUUUGCCACUAUAAUGACAACGAGACAGUUGGUAAGCAUUCUAUUGUCCUGCCUGUGGUUUUCACACCCACUCAGCUCGGAACAAUUGAUAGGAGCUGUAAUUGUAUUCGGUUCCAUAUACUCAAAGAACUUCUUAAGAAGUAAACCCAAGACACUGCCUUCACAACAAAUAGAAAUUGGGGAUUCCAGUUCGCCCAGAGCUAAUAAUGCAUAACACAGAACUCAGAACAAAAACUGCUUUGCUUGGAGUAGUUUUACCUGAAACUAAUGCAAGAAUCAACUAGAAGCUGCCCAGGUUUUAACCUCUGCAAGUGACUAUACUUUAAUUUUAUGUUCUGGAUUUUUGUAGUAACCAAACUGGAUCUCUGUCAUCUCUAUACAAUAGUGUAAAAAUGACCCAUUUUCUAUACUUUACAUCCAUGGGGAAUUUGCUUUAGCAUGGUGAUUAUGCGAAAAUUUAAUCAUUUGAUUUAUAAUGUUGUGGCAUGACAAAGUUUAGGCCUUGUUUGUUUAUUGGCAUAUUUUGCCAGAAUUUGGGUGAUUGGAUAUAAAAUACUACCUCCUUUUUUUUGUAAA